CCACCCCGCAGCGCGCCAGCAGGCAAACUCUUCUAUAUAAGCCCGGCACGGCGAUCGAUCAACAUCCACCACAGCGAAAGCAACAGCCAGCGAUCGAGACAACCACACGAGGCUCACUUAGGCUAGCUACCACCAGGCGCGCCUGAUCACAGCUAGCCAGCCACUCGAUCGAUCGGCAUGGCUAACAAGUUGGCGUCCCUGCUGAUCCUCGCGGUGCUGGUGGCCGCGGCGUGCUCGGGCUCGGCGGCGCGCGACGUCCCGCGCGCCUCCAAGGAGGGUGCGGUGAAGCGGCCGGAGACGUUCCAGGAGGGGACGGUGCUGAUCCCGGGGAUCGGGCGGUACGAGCUGGGCAGCCACCACAUGCCGGACAUCGGCGGGCUGGACCACAGCAUCCCGGCCGCCGCCAGCGGCCAGUUCAUCCCCGGCGCCGACGACACCUGGGUCCCCAACCCCGGCUUCGAGGUGCCCAACCCAUUCCGCCCCGCCUCCACGGAGUCUCCCUGAUGGAUCGAGCCGGCCGGCCAGCAGCACCGGCACCGCGAGCGCGCUGACGCCGUCGACGUUUUGUGUGUGAUUCAAGAGUGUACGUGUACAUGCUAUGGACUCGCUGUGUUUCUUGUUGCCAAUAAAGUGUUUCAGUCAACAACGGAGCAGGAUGUACACACAAGGGGCGUGAACAUUGAGCAAAACUCUAAAACACAAUACGUUGUACGAAUAUAUAGGGUUUUUUUCAGGAAACUAUAUAUAAGAUUUUUUUUUAGGCGGGAAUACAUAUAAGAAUUGACCGUGGGUGUA